GGCGACCUAUUUUAUUGACACGAAAAAACUAAAAAUACAAAACGAAAAUGGCAGAGACGCAUUAAAAAGACUCAACAAAUAAUUGUGCAAACUAAGCGAAAAUAUAUUGCAAUUUUACUACUUGGAAAAAGUAUUGAAUUACAAAAUCAAAAUAUUUCCUCAGAUACAGACAAAUUGUCAUUAAAAUCAUUUAAAGAAUAAAACGACAUCAUUGCAUUACUUUGGUACGUCUGCGAGCUGAAUUAAAUUAAAGUUUUGUAGUUUUUUUUCGUUUGUAUUGUGCUGGAAAAAACUCAGUAGAACUAAAUGUGGUCAAAAUGAAAGUAACAAUUAAAUCAUGGAUGGGAGUUGCAUCAUGGCGUUGGAUAGCAAACGAUGAAAAUUGUGGCAUUUGUCGUAUGUCAUUUGAGUCAACUUGCCCGGAAUGUGCACUGCCCGGCGAUGAUUGUCCCUUAGUGUGGGGCGUAUGUUCACAUUGUUUUCACAUGCAUUGCAUUGUUAAAUGGCUGAAUUUGCAACCCUUGAAUAAACAGUGUCCAAUGUGUCGGCAAGCUUGGAAAUUUAAUAUACAUUAGAGCUGAAAAUUCCUUUAAAAGAAUAUAAAAAGUUGAAAAAAAUAAAUUAAAGAAUUUAAAAAUUUAGCAGAAAAUACAUAAAAUUUGUUUGACAUU